AUGCAGAGCCCAGGCCCUCAGGUGACCGAGCUUGCGCAGCAGCGCUCUGUGAGUGCUCUAGUGGCACGUGCGCGUGCACGAACUGCUGGCACAGCAGUGCCCUUCAGUUCGCACGGGUUGGUGGAGAACUCCGAAUCUGGACGUGGAUACACCCUGGGCCGCGAGUACCCCACAGCAGGCAGUGGAUGCAUGCUCACCAGCGUUCUGGCGCCUGUUGGGGUGAGCCUCACCUUCUGUGUCAUCGUUGGGAAGUCGCUCCAUUUGCUGGGCAAGUGA